AUGCGUUUUGCGGGCCUCAGAUGGCUGCCAUUGGCUUUGCUGAUCCACGAUGUAUCUGACGUGGUCGCGCAGACCACCGAUGGUGGACGCAGCGAGCUACCUGGGAUGAAGAAGGACAUCUUCGAUCAGAUGAAGGAUGCCAAGAACAAGGGCCAAAGCGGAGCUCAGCCGGCCAAGCGGGCUGACUGCCCCAAGAGCGACCAGCUCUCGCCGUUCAGGGCGUUCUGCAUUGUGCAGGGAGAAAUUUUCGUGAAGUUCAACGACACGGACGACAAGUGCAGAAAAAUCGUCAGUGUAGGUGGAGCCAACACAUCGGCUCUUUUUGCAGCUUCCAGGACCUGCGGCGCCGCGGGGGAGUGGAAGCGGAGAGUUGCCGAGGAGCUCAGUGCCGUCUACUUCGUGGGCGGUUGGGAGGAGUGGCCCAAGAGUGAAGGCGAGCCCAUCGAAAUAGAGCUGGAAGACGGCAACUUCUCAGUGCCCAUCACUGCCGAGAAUUACGAAGUAAUUAAGGACUGCUGGGCCCGAGGCUGCGGAUGCGAGCAGGCAGCGAAUCCAAAGAUGAAGGGCGUGCUGUGGUCGCUCCUGGCCAUAUGCGUGUUCGGCAUAGGCUGGGACGGCGUGAAGCUGACCUGGGAGAAGAUCACCGGCGGCAAGAAGAAGGACAAGGAGAAGAAGGAGAAGAAGGAGAAGAAGGACAAGAAGGAGAAAAAAUCCAAGAAAGGAGACGACGAGGUCACGGGCGAUGAGUCGACUGAGACCAAGUCGGAGAAAGACGACGGUGACGACAAGAGCGGCAAGGACACGGAUGCGGAAGGCAAAGACAAGGACGACGAAAAGGAUGAGAAGGAAACAGCUAAUGCAGCACCAAUGCUCAAUGCCUUUGACACGCCGGUUCGCACACCGGUGUCAAGCCGCAGACCACUUCCUCGAAGCAGGGACGUGCGGCAUGCGCCACUCCUGGACUCGAGAACAGCGCGGGGUGCCCUCACGCUGGCGGUAGCUUGGCAGUCUGGGAGGCUUGGCAAGAUCUGCCGAGUCAAGGGUUUUGCGAGACGACGAUGGAGCACGACUGCCCAAGAAAUGCGCCAGGAGCCAAUCAGUGCUCUAGCAGGCAAGGCAGGCAAAGACUCCGUUAUUGUCACGGACCUCAUUGCACAGUCUUUCAUCAAAAUCUUCAACAAUGCGUUUCUCAACACCAUUGAGAGGGUGCGAGAACCUCACUUGCUGAACGUUCUGGCGAAUCUUCGAAAUUUCGCAGCCAGAGUUCCUUACAAAUACCGUGGCAGCAUCGAGAAGGCACUGAGAACCGAAGGCUUCUUGUCCUUCUUACUUUCACGGGCUGCAGUGAGCCUGCUCUGUGCAAAGGCCACGCUCCCACCACAGUCGGAGUCCAAGAUCUCCAAGGAGCACGAGGAGCUGGCGACGGUGGUCGAGGAGCUCUACAUCGCCGCGAUGCUCCAUGCAGAGGACCAGUGGGAUCUGGAGCUGAAAGCUGAUGGCAAGACCUUCAUGGCCGUGGCCACCUCUUUCGUGAAGCAUCUCGCGGAUCCGGCACCACUGAAGGCACCCAACAUCCAGGCCGCCCUUCUGGGCCUGGAUGCCAACCCGCUGAUUUGGACCCGGUACGGUCUGGACCUGCUCGGAAUUUCGCUGGACCUGUCCCUCGGAGGCUCCGAGGGCUCCGCGCCGCAAGCGGCAGAUCGACGCAAGGUGUCGCUGCUGGGAGGGGACUCGCUCUAUGCCACGGCCCAAUGGGCCAUGGCCAAGCUUCACUCCCGACCGUGCCGGAAACUCAUCGCGAAGACCAUCGCGUCGUACAGCGAUGGCCAGCUUCGGAAGCGGGAGCUGCUCUGGAACCUGGACCUCACGGUAAAGGAGUACCUGGAAAUCGAGCAGGUGGCUGGUGUGGCAGCAUUUUUCGGAGCGUCGACGGCCUGCGCGGCCUUCGUGAACAACGUGAGCGACGAGAUCGCACAACAGAUGGCCGAGUUCGGAUCCGACAUCGGGCUGGUGGUUGGGCUGCUGAAGGAUGUGCGGACAGUGGGAAUGCGCAGUGCACUUAAGCUCGGGCGAAUCUCCGCACCAAUCAUCUUUGCCAUGCAGCAGGACGCACGGCUGCGGGAGCUGCUCGCGCGCCGCCUCAGUGAGGGCGCCUCCGACUUUGAAGAAGCCCUCCGUCGGGUCAAGGAGGGGGGGAUGAUGCCGACUAUCCGCUUGGUGAACAAGCUGGGUUCCCGAGCGGCAGCUCGCCUGGAGUGCCUGGAGGAGAGCGAGGAGAAGGAGGCCUUGCUGACAUUGGUUCGGGGCGUCUCCUGCCUGCCUUUGAUGGAGCAAGCUGGAACCGAGGCGGUGGAUGACCUCACAGACACCGGGGAUGCCACGGAUGCCCAGAGCCGGGUCUUCGACAUGAAGGUGGCGAACCUACGUCUCCGUGCUGAGCUCCAGCGGAUCCGCAGCUGUGAGCAGCGCUCACGUGACAGGCUGGACGCCAUUCAGCAGGUCGCACGUGGGGCCGAGCUGCGGGCACCCCUUCGGCCGGCGCCGAAAGGAUUGGGCCUAGAGUUUGACUCGCAGGAGAUUGAGUGGCUGCUGAUGCGCGGCUUGGAGCGGCGAGCUCCGCUGCCGGAACAGCUGGACUUGGAGUCCCUGCUGUCCUGCAUCGCCGAGGGCCAGGAGGAGGUGCAGCGGCGGCUCCUGGGCCUCAGCGAGGCGGCGCAGAGCCAGAAGCUGAAGUAUGCCGUCGAAGAGGCCUUCAGCAGUGGAGGCAAGCGUCUCCGUCCAGCUCUUUGCCUGCUGGUUCACUCCAUGCUGGACGACUCCUCCGGUUCUCAGCGCAGGACGGUGUCCAGAUAUUCCAUGGCUGCAGCUCCUUCGCAAGGUGCCUACGACAAGGUCUUGGUGCUGGCGACGGCGAUCGAGAUCAUCCACACUGCUUCCCUCGUCCACGACGACAUCCUCGAUGACGCCGACACGAGGAGUACGGAAGGAAAGGAGGUGCUCAGUGGGGAUUUCCUCUUUGCCCAUGCCUCGGGCCUCAUCGAGUCCCUGGAGGACGAUGAGGUAACCCGCCUGGUCUCCCUGGUGAUCGAAGAGUUUGGCUACGGGGAGAUGUCGCAGAGUGCGAAGCGCUUCGACACCCAAGUCAGCCUCUUCAAUUACUUGAAGAAGAGCUUUUACAAAACCGCAUCGCUGCUGGCCGCCGCAUGCCGGGCGAGCGCGGUGCUCACUGGCCCACCGGCUGAGGUCUGCGAUGUCUUGUACAGCUACGGCUUCUACCUUGGCCUGGCUUUUCAAAUCGCCGAUGAUGUGCUGGAUUUCGUCGGCUCCGGGGAGGAGCUCGGGAAGCCAACAGGGCAAGACCUGAGAGAAGGAAACCUCACGGCACCGGUGAUUCUCUGCCUCCAUGGCAAUGAGGACCUCGGGAUGACCCCAGCUCCUGGCAGCAAGGAGCUCGCCAGGAUAAUCCAGAGGCGUUUCAGCCACAGCGGUGACCUGGAAAGAGCUCUGCAACUCAUCGAUGAGGGAGACGGUGUCCAAAGAGCCUACGCCCUCGCUGAGAAGAUGGCCAACAAGGCCUUGGAAGCGUUGUCGCUGGUGGCCCCGGCGGACACGGAUGCUCGCCGUGCCUUGGCAGGGCUGACCAGGUGGGCAGUGAAGCGGUCCAGCUGA